GGUGCGCUGUGUCCCUCGGACACAGCGGAUCACCGUUCAAUGGAAAGAGCCAAAGAUGUCGGCUCAGCCAUGUGAUCAGCUGUGUCCAAUCACAGCUGAUCUCAUGGGACAUGUACACUGAUCAUCGGCACUAAUCAUCAGUGUGCCCUGAUGAUCAGUGUAGCCCCAGCAGUGCCACCUGUCAGUGUCCGUCAGUGCCAGCUGUCAGUGUUCAUCCAUGCCACCUGCCAGUGCCCAUCAUUGCCACACAUCAGUGCCUACAUGCAUAUCAGUACACAUCUGAGCUGCCUUUCAGUGUCACCUAUCAGUGCCAGUCAGUGCCGCCUGUCAGUGCUGCCUAUCAGGGCCACCUAACAGUGCCACCUAUCAGUACCAUAUGUGAGUGCUGCCUUUGAGUGCCCAUCAGUGAUGCCUGUCAAUGCCCAUCAGUGCCACCUACCAGUGCCUCCUCAUCAGUG